AUGGACGUGGACGCGGACGUGGACGUGGACGUGGACGCGGACGUGGACGUGGACGUGGACGUGGACGUGGACGUGGACGUGGACAUGGACGUGGACGUGGACGUGGACAUGGACGUGGACAUGGACGUGGAGGAGGACGUGGACGUGGACGUGGAGGAGGACGUGGACGUGGACGUGGACGUAGACGUGGACGUGGACAUGGACGUAGACGUGGACGUGGACAUGGACGUGGACGUGGACGUGGACGUGGACGUGGACGUGGACGUAGACGUGGACGUGGACGUGGACGUGGACAUGGACGUGGACGUGGACGUGGACAUGGACGUGGACGUGGACGUGGACAUGGACGUGGACGUGGACGUGGACGUGGACGUGGACGUGGACGUGGACGUGGACGUGGACAUGGACUUGGACAUGGACGUGGACUUGGACGUGGACGUGGACAUGGACGUGGACGUGGACAUGGACGUGGACGUGGACGUGGACGUGGAGGUGGACGUGGACGUGGAGGUGGAGGUGGAGGUGGACGUGGACGUGGACAUGGACGAGGACGUGGACGUGGACGUGGACGUGGACGUGGACGUGGACGUGGACCUGGACGUUGACGUUCGCGUGGACGUGGACGUGGACGUGGAGGACGUGGACGUGGAGGUGGACGUGGACGUGGACGUGGACGUGGACGUGGACGAGGACGAGGACGUAGACGUGGACGUGGAUGGACGUGGACGUGGACGUGGACGUGGACGUGGUCACGUGGACGUGGACGUGGACGUGGACGUGGACGAGGAGGAGGACGUGGACGUGGACGUGGACCUGGACGUGGACGUGGACGUAGAAAUGGACGUGGACGUGGACGUGGACAUGGACGUGGACAUGGACGUGGACAUGGACGUGGACAUGGACGUGGAUAUGGACAUGGACGUGGACAUGGACGUGGACGUGGACGUGGACGUGGACGUGGACGUGGACGUGGACGUGGACAUGGACGUGGACGUGGACGUGGACGUGGACGUGGAGGUGGACGUGGAGGUGGACGUGGACGUGGACAUGGACGAGGACGUGGACGUGGACGUGGACGUGGACGUGGACGUAGAAAUGGAGGUGGACGUGGACGUGGACCUGGACGUUGACGUGGACGUGGACCUGGACGUUGACGUCCGCGUGGACGUGGACAUGGACAUGGACGUGGACGUGGACGUGGACGUGGACGUGGACGUGGACGUAGACGUGGACGUGGACGUGGACGUGGACGUGGACGUGGACGUGGACAUGGACGUGGACGUGGACGUGGACGUGGACGUGGAAAUGGACGUGGACGUGGACGUGGACGUGGACGUGGUCGUGGACAUGGACGUGGACGUGGACGUGGACAUGGACGUAGACAUGGACGUGGACGUAGACAUGGACGUGGACGUGGACGUGGACAUGGACGUGGACGUGGACGUGGACAUGGACGUGGACGUGGACGUAGUUAUGGACGUGGACGUGGACGUGGACAUGGACGUGGACAUGGACGUGGACAUGGACGUGGACAUGGACGUGGACAUGGACGUGGACAUGGACAUGGACGUGGACAUGGACGUGGACGUGGACAUGGACGUGGACGUGGACGUAGAAAUGGACGUGGACGUGGACGUAGAAAUGGACGUGGACGUGGACGUGGAAGUGGAUAUGGACGUGGACAUGGACAUGGACGUGCACGUGGACGUGGACAUGGACGUGGACGUAGAAAUGGACGUGGACGUGGACGUGGACAUGGACGUGGACGUGGACGUGGACGUGGACGUGGACGUGGACGUGGACAUGGACGUGGACAUGGACGUGGACAUGGACGUGGACAUGGACGUGGACAUGGACGUGGACGUGGACGUGGACGUGGACAUGGACGUGGACGUGGACGUGGACGUGGACGUGGACAUGGACGUGGACAUGGACGUGGACGUGGACGUGGACGUGGACGUGGACAUGGACAUGGACGUGGACGUGGACGUGGAGGUGGACGUGGACGUGGACGUGGACGUGGACGUGGACGUGGACGUGGACGUGGACGUCGACGUGGACAUGGACGUGGACGUGGACGUGGACGUGGACAUGGACGUGGACGUGGACGUGGACGUGGACGUGGACGUGGACGUAGAAAUGGACGUGGACGUGGACGUGGACAUGGACGUGGACGUGGACGUGGACGUAGAAAUGGACGUAGACGUGGACGUGGACGUGGACGUGGACAUGGACGUGGACAUGGACGUGGACGUGGACGUGGACAUGGACGUGGACGUGGACGUGGACAUGGACGUGGACGUGGACGUAGAAAUGGACGUGGACGUGGACGUGGACGUGGACAUGGAUGUGGACAUGGACGUGGACAUGGACGUGGACAUGGACGUGGACAUGGACAUGGACGUGGACAUGGACGUGGACGUGGACAUGGACGUGGACGUGGACGUGGACGUAGAAAUGGACGUGGACGUGGACGUAGAAAUGGACGUAGACGUGGACGUGGAAGUGGACAUGGAAGUGGACAUGGACGUGGACGUGGACGUGGACGUGGACAUGGACGUGGACAUGGACGUAGAAAUGGACGUGGACGUGGACGUGGACAUGGACGUGGACGUGGACGUGGACGUGGACGUGGUCGUGGACAUGGACGUGGACGUGGACGUGGACGUGGACGUGGACAUGGACCUGGAUGUGGACGUGGACAUGGACGUGGACGUGGACGUGGACGUGGACGUGGACGUGGACGUGGACGUAGACAUGGACGUGGACGUGGACGUGGACGUGGACGUGGACGUAGACGUGGACGUGGACGUGGACGUGGACGUGGACGUGGACAUGGACGUGGACGUGGACGUGGACGUGGACGUGGAAAUGGACGUGGACGUGGACGUGGACGUGGACGUGGUCGUGGACAUGGACGUGGACGUGGACGUGGACAUGGACGUAGACAUGGACGUGGACGUAGACAUGGACGUGGACGUGGACGUGGACAUGGACGUGGACGUGGACGUGGACAUGGACGUGGACAUGGACGUGGACGUGGACGUGGACGCGAACGUGGACGCGGUCGUGGACGUGAACGUGGACAUGGACGUGGACGUGGACGUGGACGUGGACGCAGACGUGGACGUGGACGUGGACGUGGACGUGGACGUGGACGUGGACAUGGACGUGGACAUGGACGUGGAGGAGGACGUGGACGUGGACGUGGACGUGGACGUGGACGUGGACGUAGACGUGGACGUGGACAUGGACGUGGACGUGGACGUGGACAUGGACGUGGACAUGGACGUAGACGUGGACGUGGACGUGGACAUGGACGUGGACGUGGACGUGGACGUGGACAUGGACGUGGACGUGGACGUGGACAUGGACGUGGACAUGGACGUGGACAUGGACGUGGACGUGGACGUGGACGUGGACAUGGACGUGGACGUGGACGUGGACGUGGACGUGGACAUGGACUUGGACAUGGACGUGGACUUGGACGUGGACGUGGACAUGGACGUAGACGUGGACGUGGACGUGGACAUGGACGUGGACGUGGACGUAGACGUGGACGUGGACAUGGACGUGGACAUGGACGUGGACAUGGACGUGGACGUGGACAUGGACGUGGACGUGGACAUAGACAUGGACGUGGACAUGGACGUGGACGUGGACGUGGACGUGGACAUGGACGUGGACGUGGACGUGGACGUGGACGUGGACAUGGACGUGGACGUGGACAUGGACGUGGACAUGGACGUGGACGUGGACAUGGACGUGGACAUGGACGUGGACAUGGACGAGGACGUGGACGUGGACGUGGACAUGGACGUGGACGUGGACGUGGACGUGGAGGUGGACGUGGAGGUGGACGUGGACGUGGACAUGGACGAGGACGUGGACGUGGACGUGGACGUGGACGUGGACGUAGAAAUGGAGGUGGACGUGGACGUGGACCUGGACGUUGACGUGGACGUGGACCUGGACGUUGACGUCCGCGUGGACGUGGACAUGGACAUGGACGUGGACGUGGACGUGGACAUGGACGUGGACGUGGACGUAGACGUGGACGUGGACGUGGACGUGGACGUGGACGUGGACGUGGACGUGGACAUGGACGUGGACGUGGACGUGGACGUGGACGUGGAAAUGGACGUGGACGUGGACGUGGACGUGGACGUGGUCGUGGACAUGGACGUGGACGUGGACGUGGACAUGGACGUAGACAUGGACGUGGACGUAGACAUGGACGUGGACGUGGACGUGGACAUGGACGAGGACGUGGACGUGGACAUGGACGUGGACGUAUGGACGUGGACGUGGACGUGGACGCGGACGUGGACGUGA